GGGUUGCUCCGCAGCGCAUACACUACAAUGGCUGCUGGAGAGAGGGGAAAGCAAACAAUUUCCAGGCCCGCAGCGUCCAGGCGAAAAUAUGGGAAAAAAAUUAUUAAAAAAUCGGAAAGGCGCGUAAACCCCGAAAAUCGACCGUAGGAAGGAUGUUAAGGCUCCCGCGAUCUAAGAAAAUGGGAACUACUAAAGUCUGGUCUCUUCAAAGACGUGUUAGCGGGACAGGUUAAAGACCAGAACUGAACUGAGGAAUCUACUGGACAACCAUCAGGUGUGAAACCAACGGAAUCUGUCAAUUUACAUUUUUAAUCCCCUAUUGUUUUUUUUUCGACCACAUGGAACUUCUGAAGCCACCAAAAACGCUGUCACUUAGUGGAGUUGGGCAGUUGCCAGUUGUCCAACAAGAAGGCCUGGUAUAGGCUGCGAUGGCCACUGUCAUUCCUGGUGAUUUGUCAGAAGUAAGAGAUACCCAGAAAGUCCCUUCAGGGAAGCGUAAACGUGGUGAAACAAAACCAAGAAAAAACUUCCCUUGCCAACUGUGUGACAAAGCAUUUAACAGUGUUGAAAAAUUAAAAGUCCAUUCAUACACUCAUACAGGAGAGAGGCCCUACAAGUGCACACAACAAGACUGCACCAAGGCCUUUGUUUCUAAAUACAAAUUAUUAAGGCAUAUGGCUACACAUUCUCCAGAGAAAACCCACAAGUGUAAUUAUUGUGAGAAAAUGUUUCACCGAAAAGACCACCUAAAGAAUCACCUGCAUACCCAUGAUCCCAAUAAAGAAGCCUUCAAGUGUGAAGAAUGUGGAAAAAACUACAAUACCAAGCUUGGGUUUAAACGUCACUUGGCUUUGCAUGCUGCUACAAGUGGAGACCUUACCUGUAAAGUAUGCUUGCAGACUUUUGAAAGCACGGUGGUGCUGUUGGAGCACCUAAAGACCCAUGCAGGCAAAUCUUCCAGUGGUGUUAAGGAGAAAAAGCACCAGUGUGAGCAUUGCGACCGACGCUUUUACACUCGCAAAGACGUCCGCAGACACAUGGUAGUGCACACUGGGAGAAAAGACUUCCUUUGUCAAUAUUGUGCACAAAGGUUUGGACGUAAGGAUCAUCUAACCCGUCAUAUGAAGAAAAGCCACAAUCAAGAACUGCUUAAAGUGAAAACGGAACCUAUGGACCUGUUGGAUCACUUCACCUGCAGUGUUCCUAUUAAAGAUGAGCUGCUUCCCGUGAUGUCCUUAGCUUCCAAUGAGCUGAUAUCAAAGCCAUUUACAAACAGUUUGCAGUUAAACCUCUAUAACACACACAUUCAGUCCAUGCAGAGCUCUGCAACUACACACCAAAUGGUUGCUUCAACAUUGCCUUUGGGUAUGCCAUGUCCAAUAGAUAUGGAUCCUGUCCAUUCUUCUCAUCAGCUUUCGCUGAAAUACCCACUUAAUUCUACCUCAUAUGCCAUUUCCAUGCCUGAGAAAGAACAACCUUUGAAAGUGGAAAUAGAGAGUUACCUUAUGGAAUUGCAAAGUGGCAUGACGCCUUCCUCUCAAGAGUCACCUUUAUCUUCGUCAAAGCUAGGCUUGGAUUCUCAAGUUGGGCCAUUAGACGAUGGUCCUGAUGGAGUAUCCCUCUCUAAAAGUUCUGUAUCAAUUAGUGAACCUCUUAACCCAUCUUCAUUGGACUUUAAUCAGUUGUUCAACUUCAUACCUUCCAACGGUCCCCCUUACAAUGUACCAGUAUCUGUUGGGAAUUUAGGAAUGGGUUACUCUCAAGAAGAAGCUAAUUCAUCGAUGGCACAGAUCCCCCCACAACCACAGGAUCCUCAAGAUCCUAGCAAUAACAUGUGUUUUGGUUCUUUACAUUCAUUGUCUUCUGCUUUUACAAGUAAUCUGAAUUCAGCCACAACAUUGCCACGAUUUCAUCAAGCUUUCCAGUAGGAGUUAUUACUAUGGAUUGCAUUAGAUAGCUUUUUUAUCUUAGUGCCAAUGAAAAGACAUUUGAAACACCUCUACUAGUCUAUACUUUAACAACCUUAAUAAGCCAGUACAUUGUUAGCUUUUCACCUUUUUACAAAUGUCUUAAUUGUUUACUCUCAUUUUAGACUCCUUGCUCUUUGUGGCAGUAUGCUAUAAUGCCAGCUAAUUUUUAUUUUUUCUACCUGUAGGAAAUAUUCAUAGCUUUAAUGCCCAAUUUAUUAUUAAAUUAUUCAAAUUGGUCAAGUAUCAAUGAAAAAGUUAUCACCAAUAUAAAACAAAUGCUCAUAUGUUAAAAUGCUGAAUUCAUAAUUCUAAGAAUACACUUUUACAAGAAGGAUUUUGGAACAUUGAUGUGAGUUUAAUUGAAAAAAGUACAAUUUUAAUGCAAAAUGCAACGUAUCGAUAAACCUUCAACUUAAAACUGUUAUGCAACAGUUAUGUUAAAUAUUCACAAUGGGUUGCACUUUUGUAUUUUAUAAAUUUUACAUAUGGCUCUUUUCAGCCAGGGCAAAAAAAUACCUUUAUUGUCAGAAGAUUGUAUGAAAAAAAUGCCUCAGCCUGUAGUAUUGACUACUACGUAUGUGCCUUCAUAUAAGCCAGUGUCAAAAAGAAAAUAUAUAAAUAUAUAUAGUUUUUGUGAUUAUCUGUUUAUAUGGUAUGGUACUGCCAUUCAACAGAUACACGCCGCCAGCACUUGCAGAUAUUUUUACUUGGUUUAGGACCUUUUUUUAUUGCCAAGGUUUCAAAAGAGGACUCUAAGGAGUUAUGUAAAAGCAUAUUGCUUACACCACUUUGCUUAGAAACUGUUAUAACCAGCCCCAAUCAACAUGCUCUGCUAUCUGAUUUUAGGCAUUAGGAGGGAAGGCAAAGUCUAUAACCGAAGAAUUACAUGGUUAAUAUAUAUAUAUAUAUAUAUAAUAAUAAAUUAGUUAUAAUAAAGUGUACCUGAGAAAAUAUGGCAGGGCAAAAAUAUAAACAUUAUGGGAAAUUUUCCAUUAUAUUUUCUUAGUAAGUCAAUUUUAGUUAUUGUUUUUCCAGUAACUUGUAAAUAUUCAUUGUAUGUCUAACAGUAUUUUUCUUCUAAAGGCAUUAUAUAGUAGGAAUUGUAUUUUUUUAUGCAGACUGCUUUUAACAUUUCAGAGUGAAAAUAACAAAUCUGUGCAUAUAAGAUGCACUGACAGCUCUGAUAUUUUAAUAUUCAUCCUAUAGUUUCUAUGAAACAAUUUGAUGGCUUUCAUUGAACAAUUAGUGUUCAAGGUUGCCUUUUCUUCACAGAAAAAAUAAAUAAAAAUACUGCGCAGCAAUAAAAUACAGAAGGGAAUAGGUAAAAAUGUUAAUAUCUAGCCUAAUCCACAUUCAGUAAGGAUAGUUAAAAGGACUGUAGGUUUCUCAAAAAGAAACACACCUAAAUAAUUGAUUGCCAUUUUGUUUAGAAAUGUUUGGAAAGUUUCAUUUCUGUGUUUUUUAGUUUUGUGUUUCCAACUUACAAUUGCUGCGUUUUUGAUUUCCUGUAAUUUUUUUUUUAUUAUUUCUUUUUGUGUUUUUUUUUCACAACCCUUAUUUCUUAUUUUCAUCUCCUCUUAUUUCCUUUAUUUUUGUCCAUUUAUCAGGCAGACUACCUAAGACGCAUUAAACCUGCCUUUUAAUACAUAGGGAAAAAAAACACCGUAUAUAGGCUAAAGCCUGCCACAUGUCCUAAAUCAUGGCCUUAUAUUGGAUAUUUUGGGUAAAUAAAAGUGCCAUAUAUUUAUAUUAUUAUAGUAUACUAUGUUUCAGUUAGUAUCUGGAUGUAAAACGUGUUAUGUAUUUGUGUGUGUGUGUAUAUAUAUUAUAUAAAAAUAUAUAUAACUUGCGCCAACACCCUUAAAGUAAUAAUUAGCCAAAUUCUGCAUUUUAUUGGAAGGAUUUUUUCUUAAAGAAUUAUAUUCCAUGAAAAAAUUAUAAAAAAAUAAUAAUAAUCAAGACAAUAUGUUGAACCUUAACUGGUCAUCAUGGCUUCAGACAGGCUAUAAUGUUACAAUUGUCUUACCCUAGAUCUAAAAUAUAUAAGCAAUUGCUGAUUAUUUUUAAUGCCUUAAAUUAGCCCCACUACUGGCAGCAUAUCCAUACUUUGCUAUCCAAUUACAUUUGACCCAUUUUUCAUAGUGGGCAUACACUACUAGAUUUUGAAAGGUAGAAGAAGUCCACUGGCAAAAUGGGUAUUCUUUUUUUUUUCUUUUUUUUUUUAUAACACUUUUUUCAUUUAUUGUAUGUCCAACCUCUAAUUUGUGGAUUACAGUGAAUUUACAAAUUUUGCCAGUAAUUUUUUUUUCUUCUUUUUUAAGAACCAUAUGCUGACUGAUACAUGAGCCAGAGCUGUUUGCGUUGAGGUUAUGAAUGUUAAGAUUUUCUUUCAGGAUUAUUUGCCUAGUUUGUUUGAUGUGUGUCAUAGGCCAAUAUUUUGUCAAAUUAAGCUUGGUUGACAUCUAUGUUACACAUAUUAUGAAAUAUAGCACUUUUUUGGGGAAAAUAUAAAAAGCUAAAAAAUGUGGAACCUUUUAUGAGAGAAAUAAGGUAAUGCUUUUAUUAUAGAUUUUUUUUUUUUUUUAAUAAUGUGUUCAAUUUCCAUUAGUUUAAAACGAUGUAGAACUUAUAGUAAUAAUGCUUUGUGAGAAACCCUAGUUUUGAACAGGUACAACUUUAUUUACAGUGUUGCUUAUCCGAUUGCUAUGUUGCACAAACCAGUGUCUUUUUUAUUUUAUUUGUAUUCUUAAUAACUCUUGCUGCCAGAGAUACUUGUGGAGUAUUGCAGAAUUCCACCAUGGAUUCCAUUCACACAAGUAUUAGUGUUGUUUUCAAUACCUACUGAUUAGGUUUACACACUUCAAGACACACUGCCUUCUUCAGUGGGAUGUUUGACGAGCAGACUUACACUUCUUCUAAUAAGGCCUGGUUAUUUGCCGCACCUUAUUUAGAACAGGUGUAGGUAAAUGUCACCAUUAUUACUCCUGGUAGAUGGAAUCAUCUAUCAUGAUGUGCAAAUCAGCUUAGUUGACACAGCUAUUUCUAUUAUGAAUGCACAGUUCUAUCCAAGUCUGUUUUUUUUUGCAUACAUUUUUUUGUAGUAGGGUUGAAGUUGCAGUAGGCACACUGUUGUCAAGUACUAUCCUGUGUGUGGGGCAGAAUAAUUUCAAAUAUAAAAAAAUUAUAAUAAUUAAGCACGUACAGUAUGUGGAACAUUGUCAGCACCUAAAUGAAGAGCUUAAUAUAAAAUCACAGAUAUGUCCCUUUUUUAGUUCCUUUAAACUUUUGGCACUUAUAUUCUUAUUCUUAACCAGUGCUAUAUGGAAGAUUAAUGUGUAAUAAAACAUUGUCUGGUAGUCUUGAAUUCAUGCACUUAUUUUGGGGUCACAAAACAAAUUUGACCCCAGGGUUUUUUUUUUAAUUACAAAAAACCCACAGCACAGUUGGUAUCUCCAGUGUUAACAAAUAUGAGAAAGGGAAACACUCUACUGAUAUAGUAGAGUGAUGAAAUGAGGGAAACACAUGCAGUCUAACACUUAGUGUGACAGAUGACAUUCCUCAAAAAGCUGAUCUAAUCAUAUUUAAAGGGCACCCAAGGACUUUUAAAUCCUCAACAAAUGGAGAACCACAUGCUGUCCAUAACUAAGCUAACAAGAAAAAAGUAGAAGGGAAGAAUAAACAAAAUUGAGAUUGCCAAUGCCAAUUUUUAAUGUACCAUCUUUGUACCAAACAAAAAUAAAACAGGUUGAGUCAAUAUGGCAGUGUAAAGAAUACCAAUCCAUAGCAAUCAAUUGUAUACUGUAGUUUGUACAGUUAAAAAUAUGUUUGGCUGCUACAGGUUACUAUUUGCAUAUUGCACUACAUUAUUGACAGAGCCAGAUAAUGUGGCUAUCCAUCCAACCUACCCAUUUUUAAAAUUCUGUAAUAUACACUUUACACUAUUACUAAUACAAUGCAAGAUUUCUUUAGGAACAUAACUACUCAUAAUUUUAAACCUGUUUUCGCUUUACUCGGAUAGGAAUUUGUUAGGACAUGUAAAAAAAAGUACAUCCCAUGGAAAUUGUUGACAUAUUUGAACAGGUAAACAUAGGAUAUUCAUUCAAGCCAUGCCCACAGAUAAAGAUAAUAUAAUUGAAUUAAAAUGCAAGCAAUAAAAUCCACAAGGGAAAAUAGGACUGAUACAAGUUUUUUUUUUUUUUUUUCUAGCCACACAACUGAUAUAAACUAAAACACAAAGAAAACUUAGCUUUUUAAUAAUUUAAUCAACAAAAAUAUUAAUAGAUGUAAUGGUGUAUUGUGGGUAAAGUACACCUCAGAAGCUGGUAUUGCCCCUUUCAGCAGAAUCACUUCUUGUAGGAGUUUUACAUAAUUUCCCACCAGUCACUGAUAUUGAAUUUUGACUGCUACUCAAUGCAAAAUUCCUUCAGUUGCAGGAUGGUUUGUGGGUUUCUGUGAACAAACUGCCCAUUUAAAAUCCUCACCAUAUUUCAGUAGGAUUGAAAUCAUUGAGUUGAGUAGGCCGAUCCAAAAACCUUUACUUCAUCUUUUGGAGCCAUUCUUUGGUUGGUUUAAUUUUCCAACAGGCUGGUUAAACAGAAUUUGAUUGGUAGAUCAACAUCUGUUCAACUACAGUGCCCAUACAUGGAUUGAAAUUGAGCCUGUCCCUGCUGAACUGGUGGAAUUUCAAUCCAUGUAUGGCCAGCUUUAGAUUUCCCUUGCUUUUCAUCCCAGUGACAUUGGGACAAUUAAAGUAUCUCCCAGGUGGGACAAAGACAGCAUUAAAAUGUUGACAGUGGCUUUAACAUGUCCCUACUCUUUCCAGAAUAAAAAAGAAAAUGCUCACACUUUUAAUGGAUACAUAUUUUAAUUUCACAAAUAUUACAUAUCACUGGUUGUUCAUAUUCAACCUAAUGAAAUAUACAGUUACUGCAAAUGUUUUAGUUCAUGAUGAUCAUUCCAGUGUAGCAGUAUUCCUUAGCCAGGAGCCCUUGAGCCACAUGUAGCUCCCAGCUACCUUUCAUGUUGGCCUUGGCAGCUUCCUAUUGGGGACUCACUGUGUGUCUAAACACUGUAGUCAUUAUGCACUAUAAUAUGGCCAAUAAGCCAAAAUACCUUAUUAAAACAUUUUAUUUAUGAAGCUUUACUUGCUUUUUGUCUUUUUAUGCUCUUUUGUGGCCUAUGAGCUGAAAAGGGUAGGAAAGGGAGGCUGAAGAGAACCUCCAGAAUAUUUUAGACCUUCAUUUCACUUUAGAAGGAACGUACUUACCUGGGGGGCAGUGUCUCUUGACCAGAAAUCUUGCCAUAUAAGUGAUCCUUACAUUGAUGUGUGUAAGCACUUUUCAGUUUAAGCUUCAGUGGUACAAUCCAACCAGUAUGAAUGUCUUUCUUCUCAAAAACACUCCUGCAAUAUUGUACUAUUGGAUCAUCAUGCUGCUAAUGUAACUAGGGAAAACCGUUCUCUAAUGGUGCUACAACCUCCCUGUCACUUACAGAUGUAUUUUUACCAUAGAAAAAAAGGACUAUUUUAUUAUAGCGAUAGUUGUAUGAUAUAUUUUUAUACUGUGAUUUAGUUUACCCUUUUACUGAACAUUGUACAACACCACAGCGUAUUAAUAUGCACUUGCAAAGCGGAAAAAAAAUCAAGAAAAAAAAAAGGAAAAUACAUGGACAUGCUAUUUGUUUCUCAAACACACCCAACUUUUUCUUUGUUUCAAGCUGAAAAUACGUGAAAUGGGCAUAAUAUAUAGCGUGGUGUGAAGAUCACUCUGUAUAUUACACAAAAAAAAUAAAACCUAUGCCUUUCUGUAUCACUUUGAAAAGUUUUUGGAACUGAUUAAAUCUCUUCUGACUCAUUGCUGAAAUGUAUAUUUUUAUUAAGUGGAAAAAAGUUUGGACUUACAAAUGCUAAAAAGAAUUAUUUAGUUUAUAAAAGGUUUUAAAAGUCAAAGAAGUUGAAGUAAUUGCAUUCCAGACUGAAUUUUGUGUAUCUUUCUUGCAUUUAAAAAAAAAAAAAAGUUAUCAAGAGAUAUGGGAAGUUGUGUUGCUUAUCAUGUAAAUGUACUUACAAUGUAUUCACAAACUACUGUUGUAUUUGUAUAAAAUAUAGACAAAAAGAUUGCAUAUAUAUAUUUUUGUGUAUAAGCUCUGUAAAAUAGCAGUCACAUUAUGAAGCUGCAGCGGGUCGUCAUGUUAAGCAUUCACAUCCAAAGAGAUAGACUAUUUAUUGUCCAGAAUCUCUGAUAUUAAAAGAUACCUUGCUGCUAUUUUAAACAAUAGAGCUGCAGCUUCUUGAGGCCUACAGUGUUUGCUGUAUAAAAUAUGUGAACUCCACAAAAUCAAUAAAAUCGCAGAAUGGUUUAGAUAACAUA